AUGCCUCGUUUCCAUCCAUAUACGGACCCCGACAAGAUAUGGGAAUUCGGACUCACUGAAGAAAAACCGGUUUAUGAUUCCAACGUUAGAGAUAUUGAAGCAUCUCAAGCCGCUCAUGACCCGCCAUUCGCACGGUUUGUCAAGUGUAUCUUUUAUGGUACAGACUGCACCAAGCCAUUCUUGGUCAAUGUGCCGUACCGUGUCGGGUUGCAUAACCAGCAGAUUGUUUCUUCUCUCGACACGAGCUACUGGCUACCACAAGGUGACAGUGGUGCGAUGGUAGACUUUACGCCUAAAUUUUACGAUAUAUGCUCCCCCCCGCAAGAAGAUUCAGAAGGAGAAUCGUUGUCUUCUCAGGAUGAAGACGAGGUAGAACGUCUGUAUUCAAUCAUUUAUUCACCACAAGUUAGUGUCGUUGUCCUUUGCAUCUCCUCAUUUCAACCGUCAUAUAGCCCAGAGAGGAUGUUCCCCAUGGAUUGA